CUUUCCUGCAGGCGCUCCUAAAGUUUCUUUGCUAAAACCGUAUCUGUGAAUUCUUCUUUCUUUCUAUACCGUCAUUUAAAUAGUUACCCAUUCAAUGCGAUUUAAUUUCAUUUAGUAAAUUAAUAACCACCUUCUAAACUUUGUUUUACUCAACAUUUGACGACUUUCUAUCAGAAGUUUUAGUAGCUAAAUAAUAGCAUGCUUGCGCUGGGUUUCUGUCUUGUUAAAUGAAACGACUGAUGGUUAAACGUACUCGUUAGCAUGCAUGCAUACAUAGCUUACAUUUAGUUAUCAAAGUGUUGUCCGUUUUUGCAUACUUCCAAUGACUUCUGAACGAGACCGAGGUGCACACUCUCCUAGACUGGAGGCUGUGAUUCAGAAGUUGGAGGAGUCCCUGAUUCACUCAGACGGCAGCUUUGGAGCGAGUAGUCUGACACUGCGAGGUGAUGGACACGAGUCCAGUGUCACUCCUACGCCUGUCUCUAGCCGCGUCCGCCUAAUCAUCACCCGCAACCUGACUGAGCAACCAACUGGUGAGGGCUCUGAGCUCGGCGAGGUCGAGGAAAGCAGGGCCUUAAGGGAGCAGCCGUCUCCGAGCCAGAUGAACCGUGACCAGCCGCUAGUCAAACAGGCAAGUCUCACUGACAGGCUCGAUCAGAUACUGACGCUGCAGUCAUCAAUGGACUCAGACCAGGACAGCCUAUCACCAGGAUCCCUGCAAGCCCUGCAGAACAAGGACAGAGCAUACAGGCAAAAACUGCAGGUCUACCAGGAGGCCCAGCAGAGGCAAGCACAACUUGUGCAGAAGCUUCAAACCAAGGUCCUUCAGUACAAGAAGAGGUGUGGGGAACUAGAAGGACAGGUGCUGGAGAAGACGUCAGAGUCUGAGAAGAUGAGAUUGGUGCUGCAGGCUCACCUGGACGCAGCCCAGCGCCAGCAGCGAAUUGAGCAGGAUCUCAAUGUGACUAUCCAGAAUAAAUCUGCUAAACUGGAGGAGGAGCAGAAAAGGUGUGCCAACCUCAGCCAAGUUAACUCUCUGCUGCGGGAACAACUCGAUCAGGCUGGCACUGUCAACGUUGGACUUACAGAGAGCCUGUGGAAGGCUCGUGAAGACAUUGAUUUCAGUGAUAACCGUCUGCGCAGGGAGCAAGAGACAUGCGCCUCCCGGCUCUGUCGAGAACAAGCUCGUGUCAGAGCUCUGUGGCGCCAGGCCGCUUCCCUGCGGAGCACUUUCACCCAGCUAAGGACUUUCACUGACAGGACUCUGUCUGAUAUGCGUGGGGAGUGUGUCGAUGCCAGCAGACAGAUGCAAGUUGCCUGCAUGAAUGUAGAGGCCAGGAUAACACAUGACAGCCCCUCUAGUGGUGCGGGGAUGUCUGCACUGGAGAGGCAGCUGAAGGAGAAGCUGAAAGAGGCCAUGCAGCUUCAGGGUCGCUGGGAUGCAGAGAAAGUAGAACUUAACUCGAGAGUCCUGGAGCUGGCUGACACCGUCAAGCACCUUCGUAGCCAGAACAGUGAGAAGGAUGCUAGCCUCGACACCAUGCAGAUCAGUCUGGACAGGAUGGAGACGAGGAGAACAGAGGAUAAAGCAGAGAUGGAGGUUCUCCACACAGAGAUCCAAGCCCUCCAAAAGAUUUUAUGUCACAUUCAGCAGCUAUUUGGUGACAAGGGCGAGAGCAGCGGCUUUGAAAGUGUGUGCUCCUCACCUCUUCAUGGCCAGUCUCCACUGAGGAACUCAACCCUGAUGGCUGUGCAGACUGCUCUCUCCAAGCACCAGAAACAAACACAGGACCUACGUGGGUGUUUGGAUGCUGCAGUGGAGCAAGUGAACACACUCCGUGAUCACCUGCAGGAGAGGGAAACAGAGAGGAGAGAGCUGGAGCAGAAGAGCCAGGAAGUAAGGAAGGAGAGUCAGGAGGCCAAAAAAGCUCUGGAGGAAAGUCUCAGAGACAGCAACAGAUACCGCUGCUCACUGGAGCUGAUUUCCAGUGAGAAGAGCAGCCUGGAGAAGCUGCUGUCAGGACUGCAGCAGGAGGUGGACUCCCAGCGUGCCGAGCUGGAGGCACUGCGAGGUUCAUCACUGGAGCUGCAGAGACAGCGGGACCUCCUGAGGCAGCAGAGGGAGGAUCUGGAGACGCAGCUGUCACGGCAGCGCACGGAGGCCCAACGAGGUGAGAGGAGUCUUGGGGAGCUUGAAGGGAAGCACUCAGAUUUGCGUAAGGAGCUUGUGACGGUGAAGGAGGCUCUGAGUCAAAUCAACCUGCAGAAGGAGAUGUUGGAUGAUGAAAAGGCCAGCCUUGCUCUGGCUCUCAGCAAGAUGGAGUCCCAGAGUGCUGCACAUGAGUUAGCCCUCACCAAACUGCAGAACCAGGAGGCUACUCUGAAAGAUUCUCUGGCCAAAAUGGCUGCCCUGAGCGAAGGCUUAGCCAAAGACAAGGUGGAACUUAGUCGUAUUCUCUUGCAGGCUGACGGUGAGAAGGCAGAGCUUGGUGAACGUAGACGGGAAGCUGAAGUGGAGCGGGCAGCAGCCAGGGAGGAGACAGCACGGCUCCAGCAGGAGAUGAUGAAUCUGCUCGCAGAGAAACAGGCCCUGGAGAGCUCCCACGGCCAUUUGCAAGAUCUCUGCCAGAAGCUCGAAGCAGAGUUGAGCCUGCUGCGGAGGGAGAACGCUCAGGCACUGGAGCAGCACUCCCAGGUCAAUAAGCAGAUGCAGAGUUUGUCAGAGGAGCUGUGUGCGUGCAGGAAGGAGCUUGAGACACAGACCACAGCCCUAAAGAGAGCGACCCAUGACAGGGAGGAGCUGGCCAAAGACAAGGCUGCUCUGGAUGUCAAACUAAACUCUGCUGACCGAAAGGCCUGUGGACUCACGCAAGAGCUGGUUGCACUUAGAGCCGAGAAGGAGUCCCUGGAGACAGUGCUGUUUGAGAGCCAGGAGUUGGCCUCGUCUCUGGAGGCAGAGCGCACCAGGAUGGAGGGGGAGAGGCGCAGCUUGCUCCUGGCUAACGAGGCCUUGACGCGUGAUGUCGCUCGGGUUCGUUUGGAUGCUGAACAUCAGGUGGCACAAGCAGCACAAGAGCAUACUAAGUUGGAGGAGAGGCUGGUCCAGGUGGAGAGGAAUUCACUGCUAACCCUGAACAAUAAAGAGCAAAUUCACAGAGAGCAGCUUGAAGCAGAACAACAGCGAAUGGAGCAGCAGCUUGCAGAUCUGACACUUCAGCGUGAGCAGGUUGAGGAGCAGCUGCGUAGACAGUGUGAGGAGCUGCGUGUGCACAGCCAGAGGGAGCUGCAGCAGGUGCAGGAGGAGAAAACCAGGCUGCAGCAGGAAUUCAACCAAAGCCUCCUGCAUGCUGAGAGUGAAAAGCAGCAGGCUUUGUCCAAGAAGGAAGCGGAGAAGGCUGCCCUCACAGAGAAACUAGCAGCCCUGCAGCAGGAUCAUAUCAAUGAAGGCAUGGAGCAUGAGCGGAUGAAGAGGGAGGCCCUUAGUAAACAGGAGCAGGAUAAGGACACCAUGUCUGUCCUUCAGUCAGAGCUGCAAAGCCUCCGGACUCAGUUCGAAGAGUCUUUGAGCUCCCACCAGGAUACCAAAAAGAGUCUAUCUGAGCAGGUCAGAGAUUUGAACCAACAGAGAGAACAUACACAACAGGAGUUAGAGGACCUUCGUCACCAGCUGCAAGAGGCAGAGGAUACACUCAUCAAAGUGAAAACUGAGCUGAUUGAAGCUCACAGAGAGCUCCAGGAGUGUGCACAACAGAGGGAUAGGCAACGGAAAGAAGCCCUCGACCUGAGAAGACUCUUGGGGGAUGAGACCAGGGAGAAGGAGGCGAUCCAAGCCUCCAACCAGGAGCUGAGAGUUUUUAUCAAAAGAGCGGAGAGUGACAACAGCAGCUUAAGACGAGCUGUAGAGGAGAGAGAGCAGAAAGUAGCUGUCUUGGAAGACUGCAAAUCCUCGUUGCACCAGGAGGCAACCACGCUGCGUAGUAGCAUGAGAGAGCUUGAGAAGUCCCGCCUGCAGGCUCGCAGAGAACUGCAGGAGCUGCGCAGACAGGUAAAGGUACUUGAAGGUGAGAACAGCCGGCAGAAACAGGAGCUGCGAGAGCUGCAGGCCCGGGUGUGUCAGGAGGAGCAGAAGGAGGAGGAGGCGCGGUGUGAAGCGUUCACUCUGAAGCAGAGAGUGCUGGAGUGCGAGGCUGGCAGAGACGCAGCACUGAAUGAGGUUGCAGGACUGCAGCGCCGUGUGCUGGAGCUGGAGAAAUCGGAGCUUCAGAACCAAGAUCUGCUUCAGGAAAAAGAAGCCUAUCAUCAGCAGUGUGACCAGAGGCACAGUCAAACCACCGCUCAGCUGGAGGAAGCACUGGAGGAAGCCCAGAUCCAGCUGAAGGAACUCUCUGUUCAGGCGGGACUCGCUGAAAGGAGGAUCCAAGGUCUGGAAGAGCAGCUAGGUCUCGAAGAUACCAAGCGCAGGGAGCUUGAGCUCAAGUUAUCGGGGUUAUAUUCAACUCUGCGUCGCACUGUUUACACCAGCCAUUCGAGGCUUUCAGGCACACCCAGCUCCCAUAGAAGGUCUCCCUCUUCAUGGAGAAACUACCUGCAAGCAAAAGUGCAUGCUACAACAGACAGAUCUGUGUUCUCUUUAUCACGUGGUGUAGAUGAAGAGAUAAACUUGGAGUCAGUGCACGCAGCUCUACGGGAAUUUCAGCAGGAGAUCAGGGACACGCAAAGAGAAAGGGAUGAAGCCAAGACUCAGGUAAUUAGUUUAAGUCAGCAGGUGACCGAGCUCCAAGCAGGCCAUGAUUUGUCAGCCACCCAGCUGCUACAACUACAGAAGUCCUUGAAGAAAUCAGAGCAGGAAAAAAGAGAGAUGGUAGAACAGUUGCACAAAGUGCACACAUCCAUGUCUAUACAUGAAGAGGCCGUACAUCGUACAAAGGGGGAAAAGAGAAAAGUUGAGGAGGAGGUGGCAAAAUUAAAGAUAAGUCUGCACGCUGCUGAGGCUGAGUCCAGGGCACUGCAGGACAAGUUGGAGCUCCUGCAGGGCUCAGAAUCUCGUGCACAUGAAGAACAACGGAAGCUAAAGGAGUCUCUAGAAGCAGCAGAAAGCAGGGCGAGCCACCUGGAGCUGUCCCAGCGCACACUUGAAGGUGAGCUCCAGAGAGCCCAGCUCAGGGCAGCAGAGCUGGAUGCAGAAUCAGGGGCGCUGCAGGACAGACUCACAGAGCUGAGGAGGAAGCUGGGUGAGAGCGAGGACCGGUGUGCAGCUCUAAGGGUCAGCGAGGAGAGGUUAGCCACGUCUCUGGCUCAAGCUGAGCAGCACGAGAGCCAGCUGAGAGAACAGAUCCACAAGUUGUCUAACACUUUCAGCGAAAACAUGAGCAGCAACGAAGCUCUACAGGAGCAGAUCACACAGCUACAGAGAGCUCUGACUGCCAGCGAGCAGGACCGAAGAAUGCUGCAGGACCGCCUGGAUAAAACACGAGAUGCUCUCUCUGAGAGUAAGAGGCUGGGCCACAAACUCACAGAGCAGACCCAGAACCUUCAAAGAGCCCAAGAGGACUGUGAGUUUAAAUACUGUGAGCUGGAGAAACAUAACAGGACACUGAAGGAGAGCCUGAAACAACAGCAGGAAGUUGAAGUGCAGGCCCAGAUGAGCUCUCAGCAAGAGAAGGAGGAACUUCAGGACAAAGUCACCAAUCUCCAGAAGUCUUUGCAAAAGCUGCAAAGUGAGAGAGCAGAGAUGGAGAGGGUGCUGACACGACUUGGUAAAGACAGGUCAGCACUCAGAAAGACACUGGAGAAGGUGGAGAUGGAGAGGCUGAGGAGGGAGGAGGGGGAGGCCUCAGCAGCCAGGGAGAAGGAGCUGUUGGGACAGAGGGUCCGAAGUCUGGAGCAGCAGCUGACUGAAAAACAUGAAGAGGUGCAGACUGUGCAGGCCCAAAUCUCCCAGUUUGAGCACUCUCAUGCACAGCGCCUUCUUGAGGUGACUGCCCGCCAUCACCAGGAGCUCGAUUCAGAGACAGAGCGUCUGAGAGACAGUCAGCUUCAAGCUGAGCAGGCUUUAGAGACCAGAGAGAGGGCUCAUCGCCAGAGGGUCAGAUGCCUGGAGGAACAGUUGCUGACGCUGAAGGAGCAGUUGGAUCAGGAGACAAGCAGACGGCGGACUUAUUUCAAUCAGAUGCUACAGCCUGGUGUUUAGAAGCAGAGACCCUGCAGUGAAGUAUGUAGCACCUCUGUCUGCCUCAUUCACUGCUCCUCUGGCAGCUUCCCAACAACAUUAAGUUACAAGCUACGUUUGCACAAACACACUCCUGAGGCGUCUGCUCCCACCCGUGCACAUGUGCACGCCGGAUUAAAUUAAUCUGCAGGAAAACUCAACAACAACAAACAAUGAGUGUUUUGUGUAUAAGUAGACUAGAUGUGCCAAAUUGUUUUAAGGAUUUCCUCUGGCUGUCUAAGUCUGUUUAUGCUGCGUCAUUUUUUAGCGGAACAAUAUGAUGAAUGGUUUCCUUGGUUGGUGCUUUAUUCUAAUCUUAUAAUUAUAAAUUUGUCAAACUGAUCAUUUACCAAUUUCUUUCUGUCAUAAUCACUGUUUGUUUGUCCUAAUGAGAAUAUGUAUCCAAAUAUUUACAAUAAUGGUUCACAGAUUUCCUUUGUAAUGUGAUUUAUUAUUUUUUUUUAUGGUGCCAUAAACAACUUUUAUAAUGAGCUAAUUAAUUUUAUUAUGUCUUGGAUUUGAUUUGUUAAAGCUGUGAUUGUUUUUAAUAAACUGGGUGUAUCAGAGCA